UCAAGGGUACCCCCUGAGCCCAGAAAUGGAAAACACCUCUCCUCCUGCUCAGACAAUGCGAAAAACAGGCUCAUACUGGAGCGUAUAUCAAACCCUAGCUAAAACCCUCUCCCUCUCUCUCCUCUCUGCAGUCCAAUUGUUGCAUGUUCGAAUGCAUCAGUGAUUUCUCCUCUUCUUUUUGUUUCUUGACAAGAGUUUCGAUCUUUCUUUACAUCUCUCUCUCUCUCUCUCUCAGACACUGAUUGCCGCCUCCAUUCUUGAAAUCUCUCAGUAGUAGAAGGGGAGAACAGAUUGCAGCGAAAUAACAGACAGCGGGACACUGUUGAAAACAGAACCUCAAAGCUCCAAUCUUUUAGGUUCAUACGGUCUGUUGUUUGAUUGAACAGAAAACCCAUACUGAUUUUCUGCCCCACAAUUUUCACAAAUAGCUCAACUACAGACUUGUUGACUCUAAACAAUUAGUUGGUUGCUCAGGCUUGUCUUCUGGUGAAAAGAGCAAUGGUAAGAAAUCUCAGCCCAAUAGUAAGACGCGAGCUGGCAAAUCUUGAUAAAGAUGCUGAUAGUCGCAAAUUAGCAAUGAAGGCGCUCAAAUCAUAUGUGAAAGACUUGGAUUCAAAGGCGAUCCCGCAUUUUCUUGCCCAGGUUUCGGAAACCAAAGAAACGGGUUCUUCGUCUGGAGAAUACACAAUUUCACUCUUCGAAGUUCUUGCACGAGUCCACGGUGUCAACAUUGUCCCUCAGAUAGACAACAUCAUGGCCACCAUCAUCAAGACCUUAAAAUCAAGUGCAGGCUCUUUUGCCCUUCACCAGGCUUGCUCUAAGGUUGUUCCAGCCAUUGCAAGAUAUGGAAUUAACCCAACCACCCCAGAAGACAAGAAAAGGCAUAUCAUUCACUCUCUCUGCAAGCCUCUUUCGGAUUCUUUAAUGGGCUCCCAAGAGAGCCUCUCUUCUGGGGCAGCCCUUUGUUUGAAGGCUCUUGUUGACUCUGAUAAUUGGCGGUUUGCUUCUGAUGAGAUGGUGAAUGAGGUUUGUCUAAGGGUUGCUGGGACCUUGGAGGAUAAGCCCACACACAUAAAUUCACACAUGGGCUUGGUCAUGGCUUUGGCCAAGCAUAAUGGUUUUAUUGUCGAAGCCUAUGCAAGAUUGCUCAUACAAUCUGGGUUGCGGAUUUUGAAUGUUGGUAUUGCAGAAGGAAAUUCUCAAAAAAGGCUGUCCGCAAUUCAAACGGUGAAUUUCUUGAUGAAGUGUUUGGAUCCCAGGAGCAUAUUUUCUGAGCUGGCAUUAAUAAUUGAAGAGAUGGAGAAUUGUCAAUCUGAUCAAAUGGCUUAUGUAAGGGGUGCUGCAUUUGAAGCCUUGCAAACUGCAAGGAAAAUAGCUGUGGAGAAAGGGUCAAAAUUCGACAAGGAUUUGGCUUCAAUCACUGGAUCAAAUACUAGCAGGAGAGAAAAUUCGCGGAGAAAAAAUUUGUUCAGUGCAGGACAACAAUCUCCUGUAUUUGCAUCACCUGAGUCGCAGACACUUGAUUCCUUUGUUGGAUAUGAUUCUUUCCUUGAUUCUCCCAUUUCUAUGAGGCAGGUCUCCAGUAACUUGGGUUAUGAUUGUCGGAGUGUGAACCGGAAGCUGUGGAGGUACGAGAAUGGAGGAGUUGAUGUAUCACUCAAAGAUGGUUUAUUCUCAGAAAUUGUUAGUGGGAGCCCCACUUCUAAUACAUUUUCGGAUCACUCUGGUCUCGAUGAACUUGUUGGUGACAGUAGAGAUUGUACAGAUGGCUUUGCAGGGUUCCAGCAGGAAAGUUCUAGAAAUGGUGAGGUGAGAAGUACGACUCCCAGUCCCCAGAGGUCUCGCUCUCAGAUCAAUGUCGACAAUAUUAAGAUAUUUACAACUCCGAGGAAGCUCAUUCGCUCUCUGCAGGACCCAAUUGAUAUAAACUCAGACUUCUCCGAGAAACAGACCAGUCGGUUCCAAGAUCCUUCCUCAAGCAGAUACGAGUGGACCCCAACAGCAAAAUGUGACCAACAUGGUUUCUCGCAUGGUGUGAAUUAUGAGGUCAAAGGGAAUGAAAAGUCCCCUGGAAGUGUUGGGCAGUUCAAAGAUGGGUCUGAAUCCGUGUCAUCGACGGAUGAUGUUCCUCAUGAUGCUGAUCCGCAAGUUUCUUGUGAGAUUGAUCCUGAAACUGUAACUGGAGCGCAGAAACUUAGUACUGAAAGGACCAAAAGAAAGAAGACUACUUUUAAUUUGAUUUGUGGGCUUAUUUUUUUGCUAAUUGCAAUUUUUGCUUCUCUGCUGUUGAUGGAUCAUCAGGAUGGGAGCUUUUAUCUCGUCCCGACUUAAUUUUCUCAUCCUGAUGCAUCACCAUCUCUGAGUAUUGAAAAUGAAAGAGCAAACAGAUGUUGAAAUUCAAGUUUGUUACAGUGAGAACUGUAUCCAUUUUACUAUUAAAUCAUUUCAACCAAGAGUUGGAUAUUUAUAUUCUAAUAUGAAAAAAACCCAUAUUCUCUGGA